ACCGCCAGCCCAAGCAUGAGCGGCCUGCCGAGGUUCUGCCCUCUGCCGUGCGUCAGCGCCGGCGAGCCCAGCGUGGCGCUGCCACCUUUGGCCGGGGAGCACCCCGCUGGCACGCCCUUAAAACUCUGCCCCUCGCACUCUUUGCGGGACUACCCCGAGGCGAGGUCCUGCGCCUACGUGGACCACUCGCUCCCCCACUUCCCGGAGCCCUGCAGGGGCUUCAUCAUGCCGCCCGGCACCGAGCAGCCGGCGUCGCCGAGAAGCAACCCCCGGUACCGGGACUUUGCCGGCUACAGGGACGCCCGCACCGGGGCCUUUUUCGGCAGCUACCAAGAGCAGGCCUCCGGCAGCGAGGCCGGCCAGAGGAUGCUCGGCCUGCCCGGGGACCUCCUGGCCCGGACUCACCCGUACGGGCCCGGCCUGAGUCCCAAGGGAGGCGGGCAGCAGCUCGUCACGCAGUUCCUGGGUCUCUACAAGCCGCUGGCGCACCGAGGAGGCGGCGACGCUCUCUUCCGCUGCGUCAAGACCGAGCUGGUGUGCAAGUGGACCGGCCCGGAGGGACCCGGCUGCAAGGUGCCUUGCUCCAGGGCCUUCGGCACCAUGUACGAGCUCGUCAGCCACGUGACCGUGGAGCACGUCGGGGGAGGCGAGCAGGCCGUGUACGUGUGCCGGUGGGAGAGGUGCGCCCGGGACCGCAAGCCCUUCAAGGCCAAGUACAAGCUGGUCAACCACGUCCGCGUCCACACGGGGGAGAAACCCUUUCCCUGUCCUUUCCACGGCUGCCAGAAGGUCUUUGCGCGCUCCGAGAACCUGAAAAUCCACAAGAGGACACACACAGGUGAGAAGCCCUUCAGGUGUGAGUUUGCAGGCUGCAGCCGCAGGUUCGCCAACAGCAGCGACCGCAAGAAGCACUCGCACGUGCACUCCAGCGACAAGCCCUACGUGUGCCGAGUGCCAGGCUGCCACAAGUCCUACACGCACCCCAGUUCUCUGCGCAAGCACCUCAAGCUGCACUGCAGCCGGGGGCCCAGGAGCCCACGGCCCGGGGAAACCACCUCAGAGGCCCCCGUCUGCCCCAGCCCUCUCGGGGCCCCGUCCCCGGGGAGUGUGGACGAGGCUUCCACCCCGAGGUCGCCUCUCCCGGCCGGCUUGGAGGGCGGGUCCCGGCCCCUGUUGCUACACAGAGCUGGAACCUACACCAGCAGGGCCCCGACUGCCCAGUACCACCUCGGCCAGGCGGGCCACGCCUUCCCACAGCAGAGCACCUGCAGGACUUUACCCGCAGCACCGCACUUGCAGAAGGGCUUCGUCAACGGCUGGUACACCUGUCCAGGUGGGCUGGACUCCUAGAGGGAUGGCCACUUCAUUAGGUACACCUGUCAAGGUGGGCUGGACUCCUAGAGGGAUGGCCACUUCAUUAGGUACACCUGUCAAGGUGGGCUGGACUCCUAGAGGGAUGGCCACUUCAUUAGGUACACCUGUCCAGGUGGGCUGGACUCCUAGAGGGAUGGCCACUUCAUUAGGUACACCUGUC